AUGAUAACGAGUUGUGUUAGUUGGGCACCACCGUCAUCUUUGCCGUGUUCUCAUUCUCAACCUAAGUUGCAGCACCGCCAACUUCGACCAUCUCCGUCUUCAUCAUUGCUUUCGUUUUCGCGCUCGUUUCCCUCUUUACCAAUCUCAACAACCACUCUCCCUCCCAUAAACCCUAACAAUCCCAAAGGCUCUUUUAUUCGAGCUGCUUGGACUCGAAGAUCUCGAGGUGAAGCUCAAAAGAGACCCAAAAGGAAAUCAUGGAAGCAGAGAACUGAUAUGUACAUGAGACCAUUUUUAUUAGAUAUUUUCUUUUCAAAGAGAUUUGUUCAUGCAAAAGUGACGCACCGAGGAACAAGCAAAGUGAUAUGUGGUGCUACCACAAACGCCAAGGAUCUUCGAAACUCUCUUCCAUCUUUGAUAGAUCCUGAAGCUUGUAGACUAAUUGGAAAGCUUAUUGCAGAGCGAUCAAAAGAAGCUGAUAUAUAUGCUUUGGCGUACGAACCGAGAAAGAAUGAAAGGAUUGAAGGUAGACUAGGAAUCAUCCUUGAUACUGUUAAAGAAAACGAAAUUCUUUUUGUUUGA